AUGACAAAAACUAAAAAAUGUCCUGCUUGUGGUAGUGCUUUAUCAGAUAAGGCUAACAUGAGUGAAAUCUUUAAAAAAUUUGAGGCUAUUGUCAAAAGUCGUAAAGAUGCUUAUGAAAAAAAAAUUGCUUUGUUUAACUGUAUAAAGGAUAUCAAAAUUGAGGACUUGGAACCAUUGGAAAAAAAAAGAAUUGAUUAUCUUUUACAGGGUAGGCUUUUUAAUGAGUUAGCCAAAGAAAGUAUGAAAGAAUAUAAAAACGAUAAGAGAAAUGUUUAUAAACAACAACCAGCAACCGAAGAACAAAGAAAGAAGUUAAAAGGUAAGCGAGCAGAUUAUAUUCUUUACCAAUCAGAAACCACCAAUCCUUUAAUUGUUAUUGAAGCCAAAAGACCCAGUGAAAAUAUUUCUCAGGCGUUAGAACAAGGAAUUAAUUAUGCUAAAAAUAUUAAGGCUCCUUUGGUUAUUGCCACCAAUGGGGAAUUUACCAAGGCUUAUCAUAUUAACUUCCAAAAAACUUUAACUCUUAAUGGAGAAGAAGUAAAAGAUUUUUUUACUGAAAAAGAAGCUUUAAGGUUCAUAGAACAACCGCACUUAAUUACCCAAGAAAAUAAAGUUGUUUUGUCGCGGAGAGAGCUAAUUAAAAUUUUUGCGGAGGCUAAUGAUUUGUUAAGAAAAAAAGGACUACAAGCUGGCGAUGAAAGAUUUAGCGAGUUUGCUAAUGUUCUCUUUUUGAAAAUAAUUAGUGAAAUAGAAGAAAACAAGGAAAAAUCCACAGUAGAAAAAAGACAUUUAUGGAGUUCAUGGGAAAAUGAAAAAGGCGACAAUUUAAAAAGUCGUAUUGAUAAAGCACUAGAACAUUUUCAAAAAAAAUACCAAGAAGGCGAAUUGUUUUCAGUUAGCAAAAUUGAAGACACUAAUACUUUGGAAAAAAUUAUUUCUAAACUUAAUCCUUUAUCUUUGGUAGAAACCGAAAGAGAUGUAAAAGGAGAAGCGUUUGAAUACUUUCUCCAAAGAUACAACGCAGGAGAAAAAGAUUUAGGGCAAUAUUUUACUCCUAGGCAUGUCGUUAGGCACUUGGUAAAUAUUUUACAACCUCGCUUUAAAGAAAAAGUUUAUGACCCUUUUUGUGGCACGGGUGGAAUGCUGAUUGAAUGUUUUAAAUAUGUUAGCGAAAAUAUAAAACUAGACCCCGAAAAUCUAAAAGUGCUUCGCAAUAUUUUUUAUGGUAAUGAGAUAACUAAUGUAGCCCGAAUUACCAAAAUGAAUAUGAUUUUGUUUGGGGACGGACAUAAUAAUAUUCAACGAAGAGACAGUUUUCAAUUUCCAUUCAAAGAAAAAUAUGAUUUGGUAAUUACUAAUAUUCCCUUUGGUUUUAGUGAUAUUGACUAUGGAGACUUAUAUCCAAUUAGUUGUAAAUAUGGGGAUUGCUUGGCUAUUCAGCAUUGUCUAAUGGCUUGUAAAGAUAAUGGAAGAGGCGUAUUUUUACCUUAUACGGGUAGCAAAACUUAUAAAGAAAUAGUGAUAGAGGAAAAAACAAAUUCUCCUUUAUUUACCAAGAUUUAUUAUAAAGAUGUUGAGGAGAAUGAUUAUAAUCUGCUGACUAAACCCUAUAAUUUUCCUUUGCCAAAAGACAAAGAAAAGAACUAUUUACCUUUAUUAGAAAUUGCUGAUAUUUUUCGUGGCACCUCUCUUAAAAAAACUGAUUUUGUUUCUAAUGAAAUUGAUGAUAUUCUUAUAACCUUGGAUGGAACUGUGGGAGAGGCGGUUCUUUGUUCAGAAACCAUAAAAAAAGGAAUACCUUCUUCCCAUCUAGCAAUUAUUAGGGUCAAACCAGAAUAUAAAACUACAAAAAUACUCCCCGGAUUUUUAUUAGCAAUUUUUAAAUCUCCCCAAAUGAAAAAAAAAUUAAUGAGCCAAUCUUCGGGGACUAUAUUUCCUGGUUUAAGUUUAGACAACUUAAAAAAAAAUUUAAUUCCAAUUCCUCCCUUGGAAGAACAAGAAAAAAUUAUUGCUGGAUUAAACAAAAUAAACCAAAGUAUUCAAAACGCUCAGCAAAUAAUUGAUAAUUUUAAACUUCCUCUUUUUGUUUCACUAAUGAAGCCAAUUGAGUAUAAAAAAUUAGGAGAAAUUGCUAGUUUUGAAUAUGGUUAUACUGCUACGGCUGGCGAACAAGGAGAAUUUAGGCUCAUUAGGAUUACAGAUAUAGACGAACAUGGAAAUAUAUCAGAAAAAGAUAAAAAAUAUGUUGACUUGACAAAUGAAACAGAUAAAGAAAAAUACUUGCUAAAAGUAAAAGACCUAAUUGUAGCCCGAAUAGUAAAAGAAUUAACCCAAGGCACAGUUCAACCGCAAUUUAAUGCUAAUUCUUUGAAAGAAAUUCAAAUACCAAUUCCUAGUUUAGAAAAUCAGAGAAAAGCAGUUGAACAAUUGAGCAAAAUCAAGCAAAAUUAUCAAAAUAUUGUAAAAGACGAAGAAAAUAUUGAAGUUUCUUUUCUACCAAUGGAAAAUAUUAAAAAAUGUUCCCUGUAUGUUUAUCCACAACAAACAAGAAAAAUAGAAGAGGUUUAUCAAGGUUAUACUUAUUUUGUUGAAAAUGACUUACUAAUUGCUAAAAUUACUCCUUGUUUUGAAAAUGGUAAAAUGAGUAUUGCCAAGGACUUAAAGAAUGGUAUUGGAUUUGAAGAGGGCAAAAAUUAUAUGAGUGGAACCACUGGGCGACAAAGGCUUAGCCAAGAAUUUGUGGAAAAUUUUUUAAUUUCUGUGCCUUCUUUGGAAGUUCAAAAGAAAUUAGUCAAAGAUUUGGAGGAGGAACAAGAAAUAAUUAGUUGUCAAAAACAAAAUAUAGAAAAUAUGCCUAAAAGGAAACCAAAAUUUAAGUGUAAAAAGUGUAAUAAGAACUUCCCUGACAAUGAAGUGAUUAUGGGUUGUGGAUAUUUUUUUACUGAAAAUCCUUUAUGUAAAAAAUGUUUAGAUACACAAACAAUAUUAGAACAAUUAAGAUAUAAUUUAGAGAGAGCGGAGGAGAAAUUUAAUGCUGAAACCAACCCAGCCAAAAAACAAGAACUUAAAAAAACUAUUGAGAACACUAAAAAAGCUAUUGAAAAUCAUGCUAUUUGCUACUGUAUGGACUGUCAGCAAAAUUUUUGUGAAAACGAGGGAGAUAUUUUGGAUAAAGAUAAAUUAGUAGCAGUAGCCAGAGGGAAAACCGACCGAAUAAUUUAUGAUUUUCGUUGUUAUGACUGUAAAGAAAAGGAGGAAGUAAGAAAAGAAGCAUUAAAAGAGACAAAUGAGAGACUUGCGAAGCAACAAGAGGAAAGAGAACGAGCCGACAUAUUGAAAGCACAAAGGCUUCACAUAGUUGCUCCGUGUAGUGUUUAUGUUGAACUUUAUGGGAAUAAAUGA